AUGGCUUUCGAACUCCAUAGAGUUACUGGAGGCUAUGUCCCUUCAGAAUGUUUCACAGGCAACAGCCUUGCUGGAUAUACGACAAAAUUAGAAUGCGAUCUGCUAUCCAGCCGGCCAGACGACAGUGCAUACCUUGUUUUGUGGUACAUCGAAUCAGAAAAGGAGCCAAUUUAUAGUGUGAAUUUACGUGCUCGACCACUCGAGCAAGCCAAGCAUUGGAAGAAUGAACGAUUGGCUUCAAGAGCUCAGUUUGAUACAUCGGCUGCAUCAAGUGCCGCCUUCAUGUCAUCAAACUCUGGCGAAGACGAUGACGGGAUCUACAGGUGUCGCGUCGAUUUUCGCCAUACUCCAACUCGUCACGUUCGAUACCAACUCAACGUUGUCCAAUUACCCAGAGUUCCGGUGAUCUAUGCCAACAGUGCUCGCCAAUACGGAACCGUGUCUGCCAUGAAGGGACCGAUUUGGCUCUCAUUUGCGAGGUUACCGGUGGUACAUUUUCGCCUUUAA